UGUAAUGAAAUAUUUAAAGGUCGCUUCUAUCAUUUGUAUUAUAAUAUUAUAUUCAAGUACAGUUUACUGGAAGAUAUCUUGGAAUAUAGCAGAUUAUAGCAUUCCGAAAAGUGCGGCUUCGAUACUAUGGCAUCUAAAUCACACACAACUUUCAAAAAGUAGGGUCAAUAAGUUGUACCAGAAUAAUCAACCAUAUUUGACCAAAGCUGCUAAUUCGUUAUUUGAUCACAAUUCAACAUUACCUUCUAAGAAUGCUACAACUAAAGUCUACCAAAGGAAUUCCACUAAAACGGAAUUAUCUAAGAAUUUAACUAAAUUCUACCGAAAUGCAUCAUCCCAAGUCUACCAAAGGAAUACCACUAAAACGAAAUUAUCUAAGAAUUUAACUAUAUUCUACCGAAAUGCGUCAUCCCCCAAAACGAAGUUAUCCCUAAACACUCUACAUUUUUCUCCGUCUAAAAUUAAUAUACCCCGAAAUGCAAACAUUUCAUCGUCUGGUAUGAAGUUUUCCAAAAAUCUAAGUAGGCCUGCUUCUCAACCAAAGCUUUCCAAGAAUCUAAGCAUUUCACUUAUUGAUAAGAGGUUGCCAAAAAAUCCGAUAUUUUCAGGUGACUACAUAUUAAAUAAUGUUUCAAUCUGUCCAGAAAUGACUCGGAUAAUGGUAGUUAUCUUAGUCCAUACAUCACCUGAUCAUUUUAUCAGGCGACAAAACAUUCGGUCCAGUUUUGGAUCCCGGAAGCUGUACCUACCAGUUAAGGUGCGUGUCGUGUUUUUGUUAGGUCGUGUCAAGCAACAAGAAACGCAGAAUCUGAUUCUAAAAGAACAUAGAACAUAUGGCGACACGGUGCAAGGUGCGUUUAUGGAUGACUAUAAGAACUUAACGUAUAAAGGCGUCAUGGGGUUACACUGGGUAUCAAACUUCUGUCGGAAUGUGAAAUAUGUCAUCAAAAUGGAUGAUGACGUAGCUUUUGAUAUGUGGCGUUUUCUGGGUCAUUUUAGUUCUAGAGAUCUCACAAGGACUCUGUAUUGUGGAGGUGGAGUCAAAGGUCACGUGCGUCGUACCGGAAAGUGGUCGGUACCGGAGUACAAAUUCAGGGGCUACAAGCGCUAUCCGUUUCGUUAUUGUUACGGGUUUGUUGUUAUAAUUAGCAGUGAUAUGAUCUCAAAACUUUAUCAGGCUUCCUUCACCGUGCCAUUUUUCUGGAUUGAUGACGUGUAUCUGUAUGGAAUGUUACCGUUAGAAGUUGGUAACGUGAACAUAAUACGAGCUUCUGGCCAUCUUAACUUACUACCUAGGAUGGACGGUUUGCAGUGUUUGCAAGAUAAAGGAGCCGAAUGUCCACUGUUGGCCGUCACAGUUUCUGAAACAACUUUUAACAUUACGUGGAAUUUAAUCCAACAACGAAAUAGUCAAUUACAUUCGACGGUUGGUAAGAACAAAGCCAAAUGACUAUACAAUGUAUAACUAUUUAUAGUAUCUUUUCCUGUAAAUUAAAACUUUAUAAAGUAUUUUGAUGGUUAUUCUCGCGCAUCGAGUUUUGUUAUGACGCCAUCCUCGGUUUGGUUUUUUUUAUGACGCCAUAUUCGGUUGCUGAAUGGUACGUACCAUAAUAACAUAAUUGAAGAAUAUAUACUACAUUCUGAAGAUAAAUUUAAACUUAAAGAACAUAAAAAUGAUUUAUGAAUGUCGGCCAAAUAGUGAAUGGUUUCCUGGAGAAUGUCUGAUGAAUGUCCGAAAAUAGCUCUUUUGAGAUCGAAAUUAACUUAUUUUCCCGAAACGCAGUUCUUUGGGAACAUUUUGAACUGUUGCAGUCCAUGAUAAUGUUUCAAGGUAUCGGUUGUAGAAAGCGACAAUGCCAAAUUUAGCAUAAUACUACUUAAGAUACCUGUUCCAAUAAACUUGAAAUGUUGGUGGUAUAUCAAUAACCUACAGCGAUAUUAUAUUUUUUCAGUUAAUUAAAAAUAAUAAAAAAAACUAUUCCCUAAGAAGCUGAUUAAUCACUGUUUCAUCAAAUAAUUACACCUGUACAUAAUAAUAUAACUAUAGAUCACACCUGUACGUAAUAACAGGUGGCAUAUUACCGGAUCGAAAGGCUAGUUCAUGUUUUGUAUAAUAAAUGUUAGCUUUAGGGAGAACUAGAGGCCAACCAGAUUUUAAUAAUUACUUCAUUGGUUGUUGAUCUUGAUAGUUUUUAGUUUCUUGUAAGGCUCCCAUUUUUACCUACAAAAUAAUUAAUAUGUGACAACUUUUUUGGAAUACUUGGACGACAUAGUUGUUGUGGGCAUGUUUCGUUGUCUGGCAACCAAUCUUUUUUCUUGUACAAAUAAGUAAAAUGUAAACAAUUGGUAUGUCCAUUAAUCUUUUAAUUUGAUUAUUAAUGAUAAUUUGAUUUAUUAUGAGUUUUUACUACACAUGUUAAUUGACACUAUUGGGUACACUCACCUUUUUAUCACAAUUACUGUUUAUGUCAGACUUUUAUUGCUAACAUAUUUGUCCCAUAACUGGUUGCAUACCAUUCAUAAUGGAUAUGAAAACAGAUUUGGGGUAUCUGAGGUGAAAGAGUGGUGUCCAGUGGUAUUACUCUUUAUUCCUUAUUAAAUAUUUAUUGAAAUCAUUACAUAGAGAAUAAAUGGUAGAACUUCACUCUCCCCAUGAGGUAUUGAU